AUGUCCAAGCAUCCUUACCAAAGCCUCAACAUUGAUGAGCGCGUCAAAAGAGUAUUGGCUAGUACACCUCUUAUUGACGGCCACAAUGACUUGCCACAGCAGCCGAGAGCAUGCUUUCACGGCAAAAUUCACAACAAUGAAAAAUUCGACCUCAAUAAGGGUUUUGAGCGUGGCAUGACGGAUAUUCCGCGAUUGCGAGAAGGUGCCGUGGGAGGGCAGUUCUGGUCUGUCUGCGUGCCAUGUCUCCGAUCAGCAGAAAACUUUUCAACCCCAGAGUACUCUGAUAUGGCCAGGGAUGCGAUUGAGCAGAUUGAUCUGACACUGCGAUUGGUUGAGUCGUAUCCUGAGACUUUCCAACUUGUGAACGAGCCAGACGAGGUUGCAUCAGUAUAUGCAUCUGGAAAAAUUGCAUGCUCGAUUGGCAUUGAGGGACUGCACAUGGCAGGAAAUAGCAUUGGAAUUAUUAGGGCAUUCUACCGACUGGGGGUUCGAUACUGCACUCUGACGCACGUCUGUAAUAAUGCCUUUGCCGACAGCUCAACCUCCAAAGUUGGCCCAGUUCAUGGUGGGCUGUCCCAGCUGGGUCGCUCAGCUAUCGUCGAAAUGAAUCGAUUGGGCAUGAUUGUCGACAUUUCCCAUGUGUCGGAAGACUGUGCGCGGCAGGUGUUGCAAUUGACCAGAGCUCCAGUUAUGUUCUCGCAUUCGAAUGCCAAAGCUGUCUUUGACUGUGCCAGGAAUGUCCCAGACGAUAUUUUGGAUAUGGUUCCAAAGAACGGCGGCAUCGUCAUGGUGACAUUUGUUCCAGAGCAUGUCACGACGCGGCGAAGAGAUGCGACUCUGGAUAUGGUACUUGAUCACCUGUUUUACAUUGCCAAUCGCAUCGGAUGGGACCACGUAGGACUCGGAUCCGACUUUGAUGGAAUUGCUUCAGUGAUCAAGGAUUUGGAAGAUGUCAAAUGUUACCCGAGGUUGUUGCAAGCCAUUCUCGACCGAGGAGCGACUGAGGAACAGCUUGCCAAGGUAGCUGGUCAAAACAUCCUGCGUGUAUGGAAAGGAGUCGCAGCGAUCAGGGAUCGAAUGAAGUUGGAAAAUGUUUUGCCGGUGGAAGAUGUCUGGGCUGACCGAACUUGGUGGAGAUAUGAUGGGUAUUAUCAAAUGCCAGACCCAGAUCCCGAAGACAAGUUGGGUCUGGACUGGUACGGAGUACCGCCUCCCGACGAGGGUCUGUAUUUGGAGGACAAGGAGACUGCCAAAUAG